AUGAACAUUAUUGAGUGUGUAACAAACAUUGCAAAGCACCCAACAAUCUCACUCAUAAAACGAAGCACCACCGUGAAAGAACUCAAACAAAUUCACGCACAGUUACUCCUCAACGGCACACUCAACAACCCACACUUCCACGCCCAGUUCCUCGCCACCAUUGCACUCCACAACCCAAUUAACCUCCCUUACACCACCACCACCCACCUCCUCCGCCACCCUCACAACCACCCCAACCUCUUCGCCCUCAACUCCAUCAUCAGGGCAUAUUCCAAGGGCCCCACACCACACUACAGUUUCCAUUUCUAUAACCACCACAUCCUCCGCAACAACCUCUCCCCCGACAACUACACUUUCAACUUCAUGAUCCGCACGUGCGCACAGCUACUUGCUCAUGACUCUGGCACGUGCCUUCAUGCUGCUGUUAUAAAACACGGCUUCGACAAUGACCCGCACGUGCAAACCGGGUUGAUCUUCAUGUACGCUGAAUUGGGGUAUCUUGGCUCUUGCUAUGGAGUUUUUGGACAUGUUUUGAGGCCUGAUUUGGUUUGCCAAACUGCAAUGCUUCAUGCUUCUGCGAAACUUGGGGACGUUGACUUUGCACGGAAGAUGUUUGAUGAAAUGCCUCGGAGAGAUUACAUUGCUUGGAACGCCAUGAUUGCAGGGUAUGCGCAAUGUGGGAGGUCGAGAGAGGCGUUGGAGUUGUUCCGGGCGAUGCAAGUGGAGGGUGUGAGGCUCAAUGAGGUGUCCAUGGUUUUGGUGUUGAGUGCUUGCACCCAAUUGGGGGCAUUGGAUCAGGGACGAUGGGCACAUGCGUAUGUUGAGAGGAGCAAGCUUAGGAUCACGGUGUCGCUUGGGACUGCUCUUGUUGACAUGUAUGCGAAAUGUGGAGACAUUGAUAAGGCCUUGGAAGUGUUUUGGGAAAUGAAGGAGAGGAAUGUUUACACUUGGAGUAGUGCCAUUGGUGGGUUAGCCAUGAAUGGACUUGGCCAUGAGAGUCUUCAUCUUUUCUCCAUCAUGAAAAAAGAUGGCCUAGUUCAGCCAAAUGAAGUUACCUUCAUUUCGGUGUUAAGAGGUUGCUCUGUGGUUGGAUUGGUGGAGGAAGGGCGAAGACAUUUGGAGUCGAUGAGGUGUUUGUACGGAAUUGAGCCUCAGCUUGAACAUUAUGGCUUGAUGGUUGAUUUGUACGGUCGAUCAGGGCUACUCAAUGAAGCUCUAGAAUUCAUCAAUACCAUGCCUAUGAAGCCUCAUGUAGGAGCGUGGAGCGCGUUGCUCCACGCUUGUAGAAUGCACAGGAACAAGGAGAUUGGUGAGCUUGCAUUGAACAAGAUUUUGGAACUGGAGUGCAAGAAUGAUGGUGCAUAUGUCCUUUUAUCAAAUAUAUAUGCUGAUUACAAGAAUUGGGAAAAUGUUAUUAGUUUGAGGCAGAAAAUGAAGGCCAAGGGUGUAACUAAGCUACCUGGUUGUAGUGUCAUAGAGGUUGAUGGUGAGGCUCAUGAGUUCAUUGUUGGGGACAAGUCUCACCCCAGAUAUGAUGAGAUAGAAUUGAAGGUAGAAGAGGUUUCUAGGUGUCUGAGAAAUGCAGGGCAUGUGACAAACACAAACUCUGUGCUGUUUGAUAUAGAAGAAGAGGAGAAAGAGGUUGCUGUGAGUAGGCAUAGUGAGAGGUUAGCCAUUGCAUUUGGGUUGAUUAGUUUGAAGGAAGGCAUUCCAAUUAGGGUGGUUAUGAAUCUUAGAAUUUGUUGGGAUUGCCAUGAAGUAGCAAAAAUGAUAUCCAAACUUUUUUAUAGAGAAAUUAUUGUGAGGGACAGAAACAGGUUUCAUCAUUUUGAAGAUGGUCAAUGCUCUUGUAAGGGGUAUUGGUGAACCCAUCGAUCAAUAUAUCCUAUCCAGAACUGCUGGAGCAAGCUUGUCUUU